UUUGCCAUGCCAUCUUUUGGGUUUCCAGUCUCCUUCAUUUACUCAUUUCUCUCCCUCCCUUCACAUGCCUUCCUCUGCCUUCCCUCUUCUUUAUAAAUGUCUGUCUCUUCUAUUCUUUUCCUUCCUGUUCACAGAAAAUGAUGAAGAAGGAAGCUCUUCUCCUUAUCCCCAAUGUCCUGAAGGUUUUCUUAGAAAAUGGGCAGAUCAAGUCAUUCACAUUUGAUGGCCGGACCACUGUUAAGGAUGUGAUGGUGACGUUACAGGACCGUCUUUCCCUAAGGUACAUUGAAUAUUUUGCUCUUGUCCUUGAGUAUGCUGGACCAGAACACAACCACAAGUUCCUGCUUCUCCAGGACAAGCAGCCCCUGGCUUAUGUGGUUCAACGUACACACUAUCAUGGAAUGAAAUGCCUCUUCCGAAUAAGCUUCUUUCCCAAAGACCCUGUGGAGUUGCUGCGUCGGGAUCCUGCUGCUUUUGAGUACUUGUACAUCCAGAGUCGGAAUGAUGUUAUCCGAGAACGCUUUGGAAUGGAUCCCAAGCCGGAAAUGCUUCUGAGCCUUGCUGCCCUCCACAUCUAUAUUACUGUCUCUGCUACUCGACCUAGCCAGAGGAUCUCACUCAAGAACGUGGAGAAGGAAUGGGGCCUGGAACCCUUUCUUCCGCCCUCCCUCCUGCAGGGCAUCAAGGAGAAGAACUUCCGGAAAUCUCUCUCUCAACAAUUGAAGGCCCACCAAACGCAUCCCUCCAGUGGCACCAAGGGCUCCUCGACUCAGGCAAAGCUUCAGUAUCUUCGCAUUCUGAAUGAACUUCCAACCUUCACAGGCGUUUUAUUCAACACUGUGGGCCUGGAUGAGAAGCAGUCAGCCACCACUCUCCUCGUGGGACCCCGUCACGGCAUCAGCCAUGUUAUUGACCUCAAAACCAACCUGACCACUGUGCUCUCUGAGUUCAGCAAGAUCAACAAGAUCCAGCUGUUCCGGGAGAAUGAGGGUGUGGCCCGGGUGGAAACCAGCAUCAUGGAUGCCAAGUCUCUGGUGCUGUUGAUGGAGUGGCCUGAAGCAACCAACUUUGCCUGCCUGAUUGCGGGGUACUGCCGUCUACUACUGGAUUCCAGGAAGAUGGUCUUCUCUAGGCCAUCUAACCAGCCUCUUCCGCCUCCAAUGAUCAAGGCAGAUUACGUGCACAGUGUCCACCGCCCUGUCCCUAGAGGCCACCUGGGGAAAAAGGAGAGUAGUUAUGUGGGCAGCAUGGGAACAAGCCCCCGGAAGCCGAGCCGCAGCGCGACCCCGCCUGCCGACUCUGAGCUGGUCAGCUUUUGCUACCUCCACAUGCGGGAGCAAAGGAAGGACCAGGAAAGCCACAGAGACCUCAAGGAGAACCUAAUCUUCUUCGAGGAGACAAGACCCCGAACCAAAUCUGACCCCACGUCCAAAAGCUCGGGCCAAGGUUAUGAGGUGGUCCCCCAUGACUUCGAUGCCGCCAGCCUCGACCACGAGCCGUGUGCCAGCAGGAGCCGCUCCUACACCUUGGACACUUCGCUGGGGGCCGAGGCCGUGAAUUUUUAUUGUGACUCUUGCAAGGCCAAAUACCAAGAGCCACCUGGCCCUGGCAAAGGUGGGAAGCCCGGAGCCUCUCGGGACAAUAUGGUAGACUUGAUGUCCCUCCCACCACCUGGGAGCGAGGAGGAAGAGGAGGAGGAAGAUGAGAGCACGGCUCUAUUGCCUGCCAUCGCAGCAGCCCCCCCACCUGGGUUCCGAGACAACAGUUCUGACGAAGAUGACUCCAAGCGCCGAGCUGUCCAGAGCCAGGAGCAAGGUCGCCACCUGCGGGGCCUCCUGUAUGACGAGAUUCCAGUGACACUGAUCGACAGUGUCCAGACCAGGACCGUCCGAGAUCACGCCCAGGAGCUAGAUGAUGCGCUGGUGUCCACUCUGCAAGCUCUUGAAGCCCUGGCAGCCUCUGAGGAUGGACCCCACCCGCCACCCCCACAGACAGCAGGUCUGAUUGUGCUGGCCACAAUCACCCCUGAAUCGUCGCUGGACUCAGGCCAUGAGACCAACUCUUCGGAACUCACUGACAUGUCAGAGAUGAUGUCUGCCAUGAAACAGCACCAGAACACUACCUACUUCCUGGCCCAGCAUCUCAACAAGGACAGUCUCCUGGCCCGCAAGGACUUGCCCUUCCGGAUUCAGAGUUGCUCAGCACAGGCUGUCCUUGCAGCCCCCUACUCUCUCGGGCGCCCGGAUUCCAACCUCUCCCUCCAGCCCGCUGUCACCAGCCAGAGUCCUGCCCACCCUAGUGCUAGAAGGAAGCUGCCAUCAUCAGAGCUGCAGCCCCAGCGAGAGAGAACGUAUGCCCUGGCCAUGCACCCAGCACUGUCCCCACAGCUAAAUGAGCAAAAGAAUCUGAGCCUGCUGCCCUCGGUUUCUGAGGACAAAGGCCCUGUGCACACUCGAGUGGGCCUCGAGAUGUCCCUGAGGGCAACCACCCCAACCUUCAGUGAAGAGCCGGUCUCUGAGCAGAGGGAGAACCUGCCCAACGAGGUCCGGCUGAGCCCCAAGCUGAUCCUAGACCCAAAGGACAGUGUAAGCCCAGCAAUCAUUUCAGCCGCCCUCCAGCAGGUCGUUCACACUAAGAGUCUGGCCAACCCUGGGAGUGGCCUGGGGAGCAGCAGUCCCCGCAGUGGGGAGAAAGGGCUAGAAGCCAGCGUGGGAAGGCCAGACGUGAGCCUAGUGGGCAGCACUGCUAGCAAGCAUCUCAAGUUCAAAGGGGGCCCUGAUGCAGUCGAGGCUGCUCAGAAGCCACAGCAGCAGCUGAGCAGUGAGGCUUCCUCUCCCAGCCCUAGGGCUGCCAAGGACAGCUGGGCUGACAGCCUGAAAUCAUCCUCCCCAGAUGACAGGCUGCAUGCUCUCAGCUUCCCUCCCCAAAGCUAUCUUUCCCAAGUCAGUGCUGAGGUGACUGGCAAGCCGUCUCUUGGGGAGGUGGCAGGGAAGGGUGGGCCUGAGGGUGCUAAGCCUGCCCUGUAUAAGCAGAAUGCCAUCUCCAGCUCAGGGGAGAAAGGGCCGCUGGAGAGCACCGUCCAAAGCAGCCAGCUGGAAGAAACCAGCCUGGUUCCCGGCACCAGCUACCCGUUGGCUCUACAGAGCCCUAGCUGCCAGCCCCGGGGCCACAGCCCCAGGAGCAAGCCUCGAGGCCUCAGCCCCAGCUGCCAACCGCGGGGUCCCAGCCCCAGCGGCCAACCUCGAGGACACAGUCCACUGAAGCCCCAGGCCCCCAGCCGGCAGGCGAGCACCAUGCCGUCCAGGAAACUGGAAACUGCGGGCGAAGGGGCCCCCUUGGCCUCCAAAGGCUCUGCGAAGGCCAAGUCAUCCCGAGGCCCUUUCCGCCUUCGCAGUUUAUUCUCUGCCACCUUCCCAACUCGCCAGAAGAAGGAGACGGAUGAGCGGCAGGCCCAGCUGCAGAAGGUCAAGCAGUAUGAGCUGGAGUUUCUCGAGGAGCUCCUCAAGCCACCCAGCCAGGGGGACCUGACCGCCCCCGAGUACCUGCAACCCCCGGCUCCCGGCCGCUGCAGCUGCCAGCUCCGCAGCAGCCCGGUGCAGCAGGGGCCCGGCAUGUCCCGAGAGCAGAGGCGCAGCUGCGAUUGCAAACGCAUCUGCCGCGGGGGCCGGCCACAGGCCCCACAGACACCAGUGCCCAGCCUCCGGGAAAGGGAGCCAGAGCAGCUCACCCCGACCCCGCAGCCGCAUCCCGAAGCUGCCACCGGCUUGGGCCUCAGCAGCUCCCUUCAAGGCAGCCUGGAGUCGCGGGAGUGCCGCUCAGACCCUGAGAGCAGGGUUUCGUGCCUGACCACAUGUGCCUCGGGUGGCGAGUGUCUGGGGGCUCCCAAUUACCGCAAAUUAAUGCGCCGCUACAGUAUCGGGGAGCUGGACCAAGGGGACAGGGCCUCAGUGACCUCGGACAGCUACCCACACCCACCCUUGGGGCUGCUGCCCCGGGAGGGCCAAGAGGCAGAAGCGAGCCUCCCAGUAGGCCUGGGCCCCCCGAGCCAGGCUCGGGAGUCCCCCACCCUGGGAGACCCCUCCUACGUGCAGGUCAUCCCCGAGUCCAAAGGCUCCCGGCCGGUGGCUGUGUUCUCACUGCCCGAAGAGGUGUACCGGCGGCCGGCCGAGUUGGACGAGGACAGUGAGAGCGGCCAGUGCUGCUCCAUUCGCUACUGCUUCUACUACCGCAAGUGCGACAUGGCCGACGAUGCCAGCGAUGGCAAGGAUGAGCUCUCCUACUCCAUCCCCGUGAAGCUCCUGCCGGGUGUGAAGCUGGAGGAGCAGGUGAUCCCAGUGGUGAGCCGAACCUUGCAGGUGCUGGACGCGAGUGCAUGCAGUGGCCAGAGCCGGAGCCGGAGCCCCGAGGUGGCCCCGACCCAGGAGAUCGACCUGCGGACGGCCACGUUCGAGGGCAGCCUGGCCCGGAUCAGCGCCCUGCGCGCCCAUGCCUACAGCCUGCCCGAUGGUUUCCUGGCCGCCCGCCUGGACACCAAUGAGCUGCUGACGGUCCUGCGGCAGUGUGUAGCCAGCCCCGAGGCUCGGGCCCCCAAGCCCCACGCCUUGCAGCUCUCCGAGUACAAGCUCGAGCUGGCACUCAAGUUCAAGGAGCUGCGGGCCUCCUGCCGCCAUGUGGCCAACGUGGACAAGAGCCCCACGCGCAUGCUGGCCGCCAUCACGGGCAGCUUCCAGGUCUUGAGCAGCCUCAUCGAGACCUUCGUGCGGCUGGUCUUCAUCGUGCGCUCCGAGGCCCAGCGCCAGGAGCUGCUGGCCAAGGUGGAAGAAGUGGUGAGGAACUACACCUUCCUGCUGCGAGCAGCUGAGGAGUCCACCGCCCGAAACCUUAGCCAGCAGCAGCAACAGCAGCAAGCAGCAGCAGCUGCAGUAGGGGUGACCACCGGGCACCCACAAAGCUCCCCGACUUCGGCGACUGUUAUGAGCACAUUCACCCGCUCCUUAAAAACCUUUAUGAAGUAGGGCCUCUGUGCCUGUCCCCUUCCCCAACGAGGCCCCAGGGGUGAGCUUUGUGGUCCUGGCAUCUUGUGUGUGUGUGUGUGUGUGUGUGUGUGUGUGUGUGUGUGUGUGUGUGUGUCUUCUGGACUAGUCAGUGUCCAAGAGCCUUCAGUGUCCAGGAUGUCACCUCCCUGGGCUGAGGCUGGCCCUGAGGCCGUCAGGCCUCUGCCACACUGAGUGUCCUCACCCCGUUCCCUAGCCUCUGGUCUUCACUGUGAGUGCAAAGGUCCCUCCUCAGCCUGCCUACUGCAGAGUUCUAUAUUUUCUCUUUUCUGGAGCCAGGAAGUGCCAUGGGGAUCACUUCCUGCUCCGCUAGGGUUUGGAGGGUGGGGAUCUGGUGUCUGAAGCUAGCGCACCUGGAGGUCUUAAACUCCUGACAUUUGCUCCCCUCCAGGGACCAGUGACAGAAGCAGCAGGCCCCAGUGCUGGGAGAGGAGAGAAGGCACUCUGCCUCAAGGGGCCUAGCUACCCUGGGCUCCCACUCCCCAGACAGGAGUCAACCCAGAGGGCCCUGCCCCCCCAUUGGGGGUGGUAAGUCUGAAGAAAAACAACCCUAUGGAGCCAUGGAUGGCCAGUUGCAUCAGCUGGCAGCCUUGGGAGCCCCAGACCCCAGGCCCAAUAGCUCCACACCAGCCAGCCCCAAAACAUCCUGCCCUCACUGAUGGGCAGGGUGGCUCAGUCCACUAGGGCGCAAACAUCUGGGAUUGAACCCCCUAGUUCCUGAUGAAAACAUCUGCCCUGGGAAGACUCAUGGCAGGCCUGGGAGCCUGCCUGGCCGGCACAGUCUGGCUCAACACUAUGGCUGGUAUGUGGCCCUUCUCCACAUCUCUCUAUCAGACAGACUGUCCUUAG